AUGUUGCUACAGUUUAUGUCCCUAUGGUGCUUCACGAAUCACGACUAUUUUCUGCCGGUGAUAUUCUUGAUCCUUCAGGUCCUCGCUCUUGCUUACUACACUACAUCCUACUUCCCUGGAGGCUCUAGUGGAUUAAAAAUUUUCUCUUCAAUUCUCCUGUCUACAGUACCAGAUGUCAUGACCCCAUCGUUUUGCUAG